UCAAUGUUGGGGACCUGUGGGGCAAGCAACGUGAGAAUCAUUGCACGUGCGCAACAAAUUUUAUAAAACUUGGAAAAGUAUCGGUCUCGUAAACAGAACAUUUAACAAUAAGGAUAGUUCAAAACUUUUUGGAAAUUUUUAAGAUGAAGAAACUAAACAAAACAUUGUUGCUCUUAUUCAUGUCUUUCGUGUUUUCUCGGAGCCAAACAACUGACUGCCCUUCUUCAGAAGACAUCAAGCCAUGUGUUUGCGAUAAGGACAGCUACAACUACCUCUCUGUAACGUGCGAAGGUUUGACUUCUGGAGCCCAACUUCAGCAAGCAGUAAAGGGAAUGAAAGACUUGAAGUUGUCCGAUUUCAAGCUGUCAAACUCGAGUGUCGGCAUCCUGCCUGGCGAUAUUUUUGCCGAAAUGGAAAUAAGGCUGUUGUCCAUCACUUUCACAAAUCUGACACGUCUCAGUGAGUCUCAGAAUCAACCCCCAUUUAUCGGGUUGGAAGACUCUCUCGAAAUUCUAGAUAUUCGGAAUGCCUUUGUUAACGAAUCGAUCCCACUGAGCAAGCUUUCGCUGUCGCACUUGAAGAAACUCUACAUUGUUCAGUUUGAAGGAAAUAUCAUGCCUGUAAUUCCCAACGACUGGUUUGAGAUGGGACCUUAUCAGAUGCGAGAUCUGUAUUUGUUGGACACAUCUGUGUCCACUGUGGGCAGUCAUGCUUUCGAGUCGUUGGAGAAGUUGAAAAUGUUCGCUCUUACUGGAGGAAGCAUUACCACGCUUACAAGAGAUAUUUUCUCUACUCCUGCUAUCCAUCUCAUGUCAAUUGAUCUGAGCAAAAACAAGAUCAGUUCCCUGCCAGAAAACUUUUUUUAUCAAAUGCCAUCCCUUCAAGAAGUUUUCCUGGAGAGCAAUGCUUUGACCACCAUAUCUGAAGUACUCUUUGCUCCAGUUUGGAAUCUUUUGACACAUGUUUACUAUUACGGAAAUCCAGUGGACUGCAAUGAUAAUAUUAAAUGGAUAUAUAAGUACCGGCUGCCAGAGAUACUUCGAGGUUAUUGUGUGAGUCCAGAAAAGCUGAGAAAUCGUUAUUUGGAUGAGUUAACUUUGAACGAUUUUAAAUGAAUCUUUGAUAAAAAGAGGGAGAAAGAGCUGUACAUUUCCCAGGAGAUCCAAAUUAUGUCUAUAUAGCUGUACAUAUGUGUACGUACCUCACAAAGUUAUGUACACAUUUUGCAUUUAUUGAAAAUGUAUGGUAAUAAAAAGUGU